UUUGUUUACGUUCGAGACAAGGGCAGCGAAAGCCUACAAGUGUUUCGUGGUUGCAUCCAAAUUGUUCGGGAUGGGAUUGUGUUCCUCGUGCUUUAAAGGAUCUUCAGAGGAAUUACUUACACCAGACGUAGAGGUCCGUCGGCAGCAACAGCGUGAAGCAGCGGAAAGGCGACGAAUAGAGCAGGAAUCGCGAGGCAUUAAGGAUGUGGACAAGGUCCGCAGACAACAGCAGCGAGCGAUGGAACAAGAACGCCGCGAGCAAGAGGCAACUCGGAUGGGAGGACAACAACCAACAUUGAAGUGGCAGCAAGAUUAAACACGUCUGGGGCUUACGUUUUUCUGCCGAACAACUGAGACCAAUUUUAAAAAUUCCCUUCUUGUGUUAUCUGUGUGUGUCGUAUUGUGUAUUUAUGUUUGCGUUGAAAUAAAAGGCAAAAAGCAAA